CAGUACUCUGUAUCACUUGUCCACACCGGUACAGUGGCAUAUCUAGCCAUACUGGCGACAACGCUAUCUCCCCAAUCAAAUAAACGCUGAAGCGCCUGCAAAUGAUUUGAACGAGGACUCGAGCAAUAUCUCGGCAGCUAGGAUACUUCAGACAAACAAGGCCUUCUCUACCCCGGAUGGCCGUAUUUUCCCUUCUUACCGGACCCAUGACGAUGUUCCUGACAAGCGCAACAUUGUCCCUUCUCGUGAAAAUGCAUUAGCUUACCUCCGACAUAACGAGUCCCUCGAGCACUCUAGCGGUGGUGACAGUGACCACAAAAAAGAAGCUUACUAGGUGGAAAAUAGUUGUCCAUGAGGGUUUUGAAAUUAUCACACGAAAAUUCUGAUCAAAUUUCCUCAAUCUCACAUCAUAUCGUCUACACCGGAUGGAUUCACAGUGCAUACAAGAAGAAAGAUAUCCUUUUACCCGAUGACCGUGAAGGAGAUCGAGUGUUGACGAAAGGAGUCGAGUCGGAUUCGGAUUUCCUGUUUCCUACCACUUUGCAGGGUUGGAAGUUGGAGGCCAAGACGUUGCCUGGGCAUUCUUCGAUUGUCCAAGGUCACCGCAUGGAAGUCAACAAUCUUCCAGCGAAUAAUGGCGUUGUUCAUGUAGUGUUGGAGCCUAGGUCUAAGAGGAACCCUGGGGCAAUUGGGAGGAAUGGUCGCGGAAGUGGGCGGAGGAUGGGGAAGAUGAUUGAAGCAGAGGAUUAUCUUUUUCUUGACGUAGGGAGCGAUCGAGCUGUUUCCUUUUACCCCUUUUCGCUUUCUCCCUUAUUUCUCAUUAACACCAAUUUGCCUUGAACGAGAGAGUGUUUUUCGCUUCAUAUCCCGCAAUGGUCCAGUUUUUGCCAUCACAUGUAUCGAUAACAAGGCGCAAAG